CUGGCAUGUGUUUCAGAUCAACAAUUACAAGCCUAUCAGACAAGGUCUCCUGGAUUAUCCUCAACCGGGCUCGAAUCGCAGCCUCAUGCUCCGGCUGAUAAAUGAUGGCUGACACAAUGAUGCGAGUGAAAAUGCCGAUACCACGUCGGCUCACGGUGGCUAGAGAAGAAAAAAGAGUAUAAAACAAACGAUAGAUGCUGAGUAUGCUGUGGCUUUUCAUUCACAAUCACAUUGAAACAUCUAAAGACCUCUGCUCAGUUCUCUGACAGAAUAUACUAUCUCAGUCCGAACACACAUCACAUCCCCAAAGAACACAAUCAUGCCAUCAGUCCUCCUCAUCGGUGCAACGGGUCUCGUCGGAGCCCGAUUGGCAGCUGACAUCAAGAAGGCACAUCCCGACUGGCCCUUGACCGCCUUCUACCGUAACAAGACCGUGGACGACUAUUUCAAGAACACGGCGAAAGUCGAUCGAAUUGUCCAUGGUUCAUUCUCUGACACAGACCUCGUCCGAUCGCUGAGCAAAGAGCAUGACAUUGUCAUUAAUGCUGCAACCUCUUUUGAUGGAUCAGUUGUCGAUCUGAUCAUCUCCGGAAUGGAAGAGCGACCGGAAAGCAACAAGGGCACACUCAUUCACCUCAGUGGAACCGGAAACUUCAUCGAUUUCGGAACGACUGGCAACUUCAAUCCCGAGAGCAAAGUCUGGAAUGAUGACAAUGUCGAGGACAUUAAACUCGUCAACAAGAACAUGUUCAACGGCCCCACGGACGUUCCUGUUCUCGAAGCCGGCCAGAGAGGCAAGAUUGUGACUUACAUUGUCUGUCUCGCAGUAACCUACGGACAGAACGUCCUCGGACCAAAAGCGAAUUUGGGAGUUGGUUAUAUGAUCUUUACAGGCCUUGCAAAGGGUCUUGGAUUCGUCCCAUACAUCGGCGAAGGCACUGGCCUUGUAAGCACACUUCACGUUGAGGAUGCAAUUCCUUUCAUCACAAAGAUUGUCGGUGUUGCUGGUACCGAGAAGCCACAGGGCAGCGCGUACGAGAGAUACUAUAUCCUGCACGGAGAGAGAUUGGCCUGGAAAGACUUCACAGCUGCUUUGGCUCCAGUGUUGUAUGCCAAAGGACAGAUUUCAUCACCAGAACCGAAGAAGGUCACCGUGGAUGAGGCUGGCGAAGGAGAGGAGAAGCAUCUCCUCGCCGGCAACAUGCUUGUCAAGGGUGAUCGUGCAGCAAGAAUGGGUUUCAAGCCAACACACGAGUCCAUGCUUACUGCUAUGAAGAAAGACCUGAGUGAACAUGACUUUUAAGAUUGUUGAGGAUGAUGGGAAUGACUUGGAAAACCGAAUACGGAGUAUGUAAGCAGUAAUUUAAAGUGACCAAUCAUAAAAGCACCGAACAUUGAAUUCAUUCUGGCCUUGUUCGGAUCAUUUUCCAACGACUCUUUUGCAAAGAAUCAUCCGAAUCCUCAAACACAAGGCAAUAAAAAUGGCGAGUCGGAGAUGGAACCUUUGUAAAAAAGAUCAUUGUUCAAUACAAAAAUAGACACAUCCACAUUUAUCAGAG